AUACAAACCAUUGAGCGUUACAAGCACAUGGAGGCACAAUGCAAAUUCGGAGCGAGCAUGUAACUGCCUGAGUCAUAUUGCAAUACUUGCAUGAGCGCAUUGCCUAUUAGUUAGUAGUACGAUUUAAAGGGAUUGAUAUUGAAGAGCUUCGAGCUUAGUUGCUGUGGCAAUGGAUAUCGACGGUGAGGGGGCAUCGUCGGCUCCACGCCUUCGGAUAUUUAUUAGCAGCGCAGCGCAGAAUGCAAAUCGGCGACAAGCGCUGCGGAAAAGCUGGUUCCGGUACCUCGCGGAUCCGUCAAUCCAGUCCAGCGUCUCGGUCUGUUUCGUGUUAUCAAAGGACUCAGAAUCGGAGGAGUUGGCGCAAGAGCAGGCACAACACGGUGAUCUGGUUUUAGUGAACGCGCCCCCUGGGUACCACAACUUAUGGAGGAAGGCGUUGGUCUUCCUCGCCUGGUUGGAGGAGCGGAGCAGCAGCGGGGGUGGAAGCGACUCGUACGACUUUGUAAUGCACGCCGACGACGACAGCUUUCUCCGGCUGGACCUUCUCGUCCCUCUCAUGGCCGGCUGGCCUCGGCAGCGCUUCUACUGGGGCUACAUCUGGGACGGCACGGGCAACCGCGUGACGGCGCCCAUCCGCAACCCCGCCAACAAGUCCCACAUGCCGCAGGAGCAGUAUCCGCUGGACUACUACCCUCCCUUCGCCAGCGGCUGCGGCUUCGUGCUGUCACGAGACCUGGUGCGGGCGCUGCUGGCGCAGCCGCUGCCGGACUAUCGCCUGCUGGACCCGCCCUUCGGCAUCCACCUGUGCGGCCCGCCCGAGCUCUGUGUGCUGCCGGACGGCCCGGUGACCCCGCUGCACGACGACCGCGUGCGGCCCUACCGCCCCCUGCCCACCUUCCGCCCGGACACACUGGUGCAGCACUACCUGCGGCCCGAGGAGAUGCGACCCUUCUACCAGCAGGCCCUGGAGGCAGCCAGCGGCGAUGCAGCCCCAGCAGCGGGCCCCAGCAGCCAGCAGGACACCUCCUCGAGCAGUGCACCUGCGGAACUGUACAACACGCUCGUGUCGCUGGGGCUGCUACGACGGUGAUGAUGAGGUGCCACCUUGCCGGUUUAAACAGCGGUUGCUGUGCGCUUGUGCUGCCCCUCGGGUUGGUUGUACUGCCCCACGGGUUGCAAAGUACGCAUGGCGGCGUAAGGCCCAUGGACAUGAAGUGCGGCAGACCUGGCACCCCAACAGCAACAACAUCAGCAAUGACCGUGCAAUGACCACACAAGUCACCUCAAUGGGCCCGACACAAUGGGCCCAGCAUGCAGCAACAAAGGCCUUCUGGUUGGACCUGGUAUGCGCUCCUACCUGCGGCGGCCCACGGAAACAAGACACCCUAUCUUAAGGCCAUGGGCCCUAACACCACUACCACAUUCAUCUCCCUCGUGCUUGGCAACUGCUGCUUGGCACACGCCACGCACCCUGUAACAAGAUAAUGGAUAACACCUGGAUCACCUUUCACCUAUGCAAG